UUGGAGGGAGCCAGAGAUCAGGACUGCUGGGCGCGUCCCGGACCGGUUGGGCGACUUAGGGGUCCUGGCCAAGGUCCCUCAGCUCUCAGCUCCUUGGGUUCUAAGCGAAGGCGCGCGCAGGGAGCGAACAGGAGCUGGGAAGGGCCGGGUUUUGCGGAGCAGAAGAUGGACAGCUCCCCAUUCUGAAGCCUCAAAUGGGGGUGCUGGCUUGGCUGCUCUGCGGGGGCGGUCUUCGCGCUUCCACUUGCCGGCGGAGCAGGAGCAGAUAUGUGUGAGGUUGCUAGAAUGAGAAAUGAGGUAAUAGCUGUGGACCAGGCUUUUGCUUUCAAUUGCACGAAACCUUCAAUACCAAAUGAGGAAGUACGUGUAACAUGGUUUAAUCCUAGAAAAAGUCAAGUCUCCAAAGACAUACAACACAGAAUUCACCAGGAACAAACAUGGAUUUUAUUUCUUCCCUUGAAACUAGAGGACUCCGGGAUCUACCAAUGUAUUAUAAAGAAUGCCAACAGUUGUUACAGAAUACCCAUGAACCUCACUGUUUUUAUAAAACACUGGUGUGCCACUUCCAGAACGACUCUAGAAAAUUUGUCAGAUGAGUACCAACAAACACUCCAUCUGGGAAUAUCUGGCAGUCUCAUGUGCCACCUGAAUUUCCCAGAGACUUUGCUCGUGGAUUCAAUAAAGUGGUAUAAGGGCUGUGAAGAGAUUGAAUCAAUAGGGAAGCAGUUUGAACCUCGAGGGAUGAGACUUUAUGUGAACACUGUGUCUGAACAGGACAGUGGGAGUUAUGCCUGCAAAGCUAUAUUGAAUCAUGCAGGGGCACAGUACACAGUUUUAAAUAGCAUCUCGGUGGACAUCACAGAAAGAAUUGAAAAUGGAGGAAGAAUCCCUAAAAUCAUUUAUCCAAAAAACAAUUCCAUUGAAGUGAAACUUGGCUCCCGCCUCAUUGUGGACUGCAAUAUAACAGAUGUGAAGGAGAACACGAACCUGCGAUGCUGGAAAUUCAACAACAGUCUGGUGGAUGAUUACUACAAUGACUCCAAGCGCGUUCAAGAAGGAGUUGAAACCAAUGUUUCUUUUCCAGACCACAAUUUUUACACAGUAAACAUAACCUUCCUGGAAGUGAAGAUGGAAGAUUAUGGCAUACCUUUCAUGUGUCAUGCUGGAGUAUCUGUCGCAUACAUUGUAUUAAGGCUGCCAGCUCCAAAUUUUCAAGCCUACUUGAUAGGAGGGCUAGUCACCUUGGCAAUUUUGGUUGUAUCUGUUCUACUGAUCUACAACAAUUUUAAGAUUGACCUGGUACUUUGGUAUCGAAGUGCCUUCUAUUCUCCGGGGGCCAUCGAAGACAGGAAGCUGUAUGAUGCCUACGUCUUAUAUCCCAAGCCUCAGAGAGAAAGCCAGAGCCAUGAUGUGGACACACUGGUGUUGAAGUACCUGCCAGAGGUGCUGGAGAAGCAGUGUGGAUACAAGCUAUUUAUAUUUGGCAGGGAUGAAUUCCCUGGACAAGCUGUGGCCAAUGUCAUUGAUGAGAAUAUCAAGCUGUGCCGGAGGCUGAUGGUCAUUUUAGCUCCAGAAUCGCUGAGUUUGGGCCUAUUAAAGAACUUGUCCGAAGAACAGAUCGCUGUCUACAAUGCCCUCAUCCAGGAUGGCAUGAAGGUCAUUCUGAUCGAGCUGGGGGCCAUUGAGGACUACAGUGUCAUGCCUGAGUCAAUCCAGUACAUCCGACAAAAACAUGGGGCCAUCCAGUGGCGUGGGGACUUCUCAGAGAAGUCCCAGUGUGCCAAAACCAAGUUUUGGAAAAAAGUGAGGUACCAUAUGCCACCCAGAAGAUGUCCCUCAUCUUCUUCAGUGCAGCUGCAGAGCCAGGUCCCCUGCAGCCACAGGGGAGGGGACAAGGAACUUGUCACUUAG